CCAAUCUAUUCUGUUGCAUUAACCUCGGUAUCGGUAUCGUAUUCAAUAAACAACUCAAAAUUCAAAGAAAUCAGAGAUAACAAAAUGGGUUCAGAACCACACCAGCUUCACCUUAUCAUGAUCCCAUUUUUGGCCCCAGGCCACCUUAUUCCCAUGGCGGACAUGGCCAAGAAAUUAGCGGAGCAGGGCGUGAUGAUCACUCUUAUCACCACGCCGGUUAGCGCUGCAAGAAUGAAACCCGUCAUCGACCGGGCCAUCGCCAAGUCCAACCUCAAAAUCCAGCUAGUCCAAGUCCCUUUGCCACUCCACGAAUUUGGCUUACCUGAGGGGUGUGAUAGUGUUGACUUAGUUCCUUCAAGAAACUUGCUCAGAAGUUUCUUCGCUGCACUUAGGGAGCUUCAAAAGCCAAUUGAGCAAGUGGUGAGUGAGCUUAAGCCUAGUCCGAAAUGCAUCAUAGCUGACAAACAUCUUGCAUGGACAGCAGAAAUCGCCAGCAAGUUUCGGAUACCAAGAGUUUUGUUUGAUGGAAUGAGUUGUUUUUCUUUGUUAUGUACUCACAUCAUUAGAAAAACCCAAGUUCAUACGAGUGUACCAAUAUCAAUACCCUUUGUGGUUCCUGGUAUGCCUGAUCAUAUUGAGUUUACUAGAAAUCAACUACCUGCAGAUUUGUAUCCAAAUUCAGAAGAUGACCAAGAUUUUCACAACAAAGUAAGAGAAGCUGAAGAAGGAGCAUAUGGGUUUUUGGUGAAUAGCUUUGAGGAAUUGGAAUCCAAAUACAUUGAAGGUUAUCAGAAGGAAAAAGUAAGCAAAACCUGGUGUAUUGGUCCGGUCUCUCUUUUUAACAAAACAGAUUUUGAAGUGGCUCGAAGAGGAAAUAACAUGGCUGCUACUGAUGAAAAGCAGUUCACAAAAUGGCUUGAUUCAUGGCCUAAGAGCUCUGUCGUUUAUGCUUGUUUAGGAAGCGUCAACCGCCUUUUAAUUCCGCAGAUGAUUGAGCUUGGUUUAGGCUUGGAGACAUCAAACAGGCCAUUCAUUUGGGUAGUAAAUGUAAAUGAUCAGCAAGAAGAGAUAGAGAAUUGGAUUUUGGAUAGUGGUUUUAAGGAGAGGACUAAAAGCAGGGCAUUGUUGAUAUAUGGUUGGGCUCCGCAGGUACUGAUAUUGUCACACCCUUCAGUUGGAGGCUUUUUAACUCAUUGUGGUUGGAACUCAACAUUGGAAGGGAUUACUUGUGGUAAACCAAUGAUAACUUGGCCCAUGUUUGCUGAGCAGUUCUAUAAUCAGAAGCUGAUUGUUCAAAUUUUGAAGGUUGGUGAGUCUGUUGGGGUUAAGUUUGUUGUUCAAUAUGGGCAAGAAGAAAAGUUUGGAGUGUUGGUAUUUAGGAAAGAUAUCGAGGAAGCUAUAGAUAAAGUAAUGAGAGAAGGUAUAGAAGGAGAAGAUAGAAGAGAAAGAGCAGAAAGGCUUGGUGAUACGGCAAAGAAGGCAAUAGAGGAAGGAGGAUCUUCUUAUCUCAACAUGAAGUUGUUCAUCGAAGAUAUUAGAAAAAUGGAUAUGUCAUGAUUCAUAUUUGUGAUACAUCGUUAAGUUACUAUAAUUCACCUGAUUGGUUGCCAUGAAACUAGAUAUGUUCUAGAUCCAUAAUACUGAAUCAUUUAAUGGUUUUUACUUUUUUUUUCUCUAUUAUUAUUAUUAUCGAAGUCAAAUUCUAUCUAAAAGAAGUUAUGAAAAGGCAUUCCAAUGACAGAAUUAGAAAACA